GUUUCGUGUAAUAUUUUCGGUUGACGUAGAAAUCAUUUCCGCCCGGAUGAGAUCGAUCAAUGUUACUACGAAAACAGAUCUCGUUUCGUAACAACAAAAAAUAACAAGAAUGAAGUGAGUUAAAUGAAACUCAGGCAAAACGCUUCAAUGCAUCUCUGAUCUUUCCCUGAUACUUUUCUACAGUCCUUGUUACACGGUGACCUCCCGACUAACUGUACAAAAAAAUGGCAGAAAAGAUCAGUGUUUAAUCAGAAUUCUAGUAUCAACUACAAUCCUACUAAGUGCAGCAACGAAUUAGACUUGGGGAAGCGACUGAAUUACCCCAGCCUCGAGCCGCUCCUCUGUGCUGGAAUACGAAGACGCAAGAGAAAAACAACAGUGUGCCGAGCACACCAUGGGGAGCAAGCUGAAGCCGGGGGGGGUCCGGCGGCACUUGAAGGAGAAGGUGGUGCAGAUGUAUGAGGAUCUCUUCCAUGGAGCCGAUCCCUGCAUCAAUAACUCCAGGUUCUGGGAGGAUCUCUUCCUGCUCAAGCCAAAGAUGUCUGCUUUGGAAGGUGAGAUCAGCCGAUGCACAUCCGACCAGCUGCUGGGGCUCAAGGAGAACAUCAACACCCUCUUCUCUAAGUGUGUGCAGACCCUGUCUCACGACCAUCAUAUACGGGUCAUCAAUGCUCUUUUGACCUUAUGCAGCCUGGUACGUGGACUCUACAGAAAAAUGCAGGGAGAUUAUGGGUUUGACUUCAUUAACAUACUCAUAGGUUUUGAUUCUGCAGAAGAACAAAUGCAACUUCUCCUGAAUCAUGUCUCAAAUUUCCUAACUGGUGAAUAUUGUGACAGUCUGAAGUCCCUUAGCCUUAAGUUCUUGUUAGUUCUGGCCACAGGGACAGACAACAUCAGCCAGAACACUGUUCUUGAGUAUCUCACCAUCAAUUGCAACUUUGACUCAGUCAUUCAGCUGCUGAGCCAUUCAAGUACACGAAACCAGCAUGGCCCUGAAGCAGUGCUGUACCUCAUGCUGAUGGUGAACUACCGCAAGCAUGAGAUGACCAAUCCAUACACCGUUAACCUCUCCCUCUUAGAUGAUGAACUCAUUUUAAAUGGCUAUGGUCAGGUAAUAACUGCAUCCUUAGCAGACUUUAACCAUAAAUAUUCAGCCCACUUCAUGGAACCACAUGGCUCGGGCUGGUUUGCCUCCCUCACGUCCAUGGUAGGAUCCAUGUUUGUGUCGGAGGAGAUGGCAACACGCAAUGAACACAUUAAGGCAAAUGACUCAUUCCUCUUGGCACUGUACGAAGCAGUUCAUCUGAACCGCAACUUCAUCACUGCCCUUACCACAGCAACAGACCCCUCAACCCCCCCUUCCCCUGCCAACACCCUUGACCGUGGCAGCACUCCCCCCACCACAGACGUCAACGACCAGAACAACCCUGCGCCAACCGUAGAAUUAGAAGCCACGUUACAGCCCACCAACCUACUAGUCACUUUUCUAGAAUAUUGCUCCAUAGUAAUGCAGGACACAAAGACCGAGGAGAGCCUGAACAAUGUCAAACUCUGCUUCAUCAUCAUCACGUGCAUUGCCGAGGACCAGUACUGCAAUCUGCUGCUCCAUGACGCCAACCUCGUGUUCACGGUGCCCUUACAUCGUCUCCCCAUGAGACAUCGCAAAGUCAUACCAGAGAAGACGCCUCAUGCCCGUCCAUUGGCAUGUGCAGUCCUAGAUGUAAUGGUAGAAUUCAUGAUGUCUCACAUGAUGAAGAAACUCCCCCUGGAACUGUUCCUCCUGAAUGUGCGAAUUGUUCACCGUCUCCUCUGCUACCAAAAGCGUAACUCAGUCCGACUGCCUUACAAUUGGAAGGACUUGUGGGCUGCCCUGAUUGCUCUUGCCAAAUUCCUGGUCACCAACGAGGCAUAUCUGGCCAAGAAAAUGAACAUCUUCCAGUUAGCACAUCAGGUCAUGAAUAUUUUCAAUUUGUUCAUCACAUAUGGUGACACUUUCCUCUCAACACCAUCAAGCUAUGAUGAGCUCUACUAUGAAAUCAUGAGGAUGCACCAGGUAUUUGAGAACAUGUACUCCAUGAGCUUACGAUAUUCAAGAACAGAUGGAGAUUACAAAGAAAGUGCACAAAAGCUCACAAACUCACUAGGCAAUGUCAGAUCAAUAAUAAACCAUUUCACCCCCAAGUUAGACAAAUGGAGUCAGGAACAUGGAGUAUCAACACUUACAGAAGAACAGGUUCUAGAAGUGGUCCGGAAUAACUAUGACAGCCUUACCCUCAAACUUCACGACAGUUUAGAUCAGUAUGAAAAAUAUGCUGAGAAGCCUCAGCAUGCCAAUUUCUUCACAAGCAUGGUAAGAAGCAUACUCAGCGAUACGAGACAAAGCAUUGAUUUUAGCGCCUUUGAAAACUUAACAAUAUUACAAGAACUGAGCCAGUCAACAUAGAUAUUCUUUAACUAGAUUUUGCAGUUAUAGUGAGGUGGCAAUUAAAUAUGGUAAGGCAAUUUUUCUGAAAAAGAGUAGUUUUCUGUAUGAAACAAUGAAUGAAUACAGGGGACUUGUAAUAGGUGAGUCCAGAAUUUGAAGAAAAUAAAACAUUUCCCAUUGAAGAGAAUUAUAGUAGUGAACAAUAUGUAAUCAUGAAUAUUACACCUUUGUACAAGUGGCUUACACUCAUUUUUUGAAUUUGACAAAAUUUUUAAAUACUUUUGUGUUUCAGUAGAAAACCAAGUUUAGAUAUAAAGUUCUACUUUUUUCCUUUGAAGUCUACUUUAUUUUAUUUUUUCUCUCUCAUACACUAGAGUAGUCUUCCUUCUUUGUAAUUAAAGCUGGGAGUGCCAGUUACAUACAGGGGAGUCUUCCAUUGAUCCUCUGUAUUUCUAGAAAAAAAAAUAUAAGGGCAAAAGUAGCCCUUCUCUGUCAUAUGCAAAUUGUAUAUAAUGUUAUGUUUAUAACUGUCUUAGUCAUAUUCAUCUCUUUUUUUUUUUUCCCCUCACUCCCUCCCCCAAAAUCUCAUAGUGAGUAUAUUAGUCUUUAUUCCUAAAAGCAUUUUAGCUCACUGCAGUAUUAUAACAAGGGUAGUAAAGUAUGCUAUUGACCCCCUCUAACUUCCAGCCAAAGAAGUGUGAAAUGCUGAAGAGGAAUGUUGUGUAGAGGUCAUGAUAAUGUUUUGCCCUUUCUAAUGUGCACUGAUUCGCAUUACUGAAUUUAUAUGUUUUUCAAAAGGAAAUGCAGAAUUUAAUGGAAUCUGUCAGUCCGUGGUGAUCUGCUGAGACAGUGUCACACUAGCUCACUUUUUGCUUGAUAUCUAUUUAUUACUGUGAUGACAUUGUAAAGUCAUCUCUCUCCCUCUCUUAUUUAUAGCUUUAUCUCUCUCUCUCUCUCUCUCCCUGUCUCUCUCUCUCUCUCCCUGUCCCUCUCCCUCUCCCUGUUCCUCUCUCUCUCAAAUUAAUCAUAAGAAUAUCAUGAUCAUGUUAUAGCUAGUUCAUCUUCCUGAACAGCCAUGGCAUGUUUGUAGAGGGACAAGCACUCUAAUAAUAUACCUGCUUUAAAGUAUGUGUAUUAUCAUUCUUCCAAGAGGAUCUUUUACUUGUGUAUGUAAAAAAAAUAUAUAAAUAUAAUAAUAAUAAUGGUUGCAGUAAUGAUAAGCAUCUUGAAAUGGACCAAUUAAUCAGUUAGGCUUCAGAAAAUAGGUGACUUUUUUCAACUGUGUUUUGUUCAUGUUCUGAGUUCUUAGUGUGUUCACAUGAUACAAGAAAACAAAUAAUUUAAGAUAUAUCUAUACUAAAAAUGUUGCUAGUGUGAUGCUGGCUUUAUAAUUUUCAUGAUCCCGGCUAGUUGCACUGGGCAUUAAUCAUGACCUAUUGUUGUUCAAGGGUAAUUGGGAUGCUGAUUUUGAGUUAUUACUUAAGGUGGAUUUCUGUUUGUGAUUAUUAUUAUUAUUAUUGUUUUGAAAUAAGGUGACAUGGAGAAUCUGGUUACUUUUUCUUAUUCAUCUUGUUUGUAUGAAAGUCAAAGCAUUUUUGGUGUGUGUUCAAACUGAUGCACCUUUCUUGUAUGUUUAAUUAUGUUAUUAGAUUUUAUUUUGCUCUGAGCAUAAGCACUUUAGAGGCAAUAAACUGUAUAGUGAAGAGCAGUUAUACUUCAGGCAAGUUUACCCAUACACUAGAGAAUUAAAGAAACAAACAAAACAUAGCAAGAAAAGCAUCAGUUAAGGGAUGACUAUUUUUAGUGUAGUGUGAGACAGCAGAUCUCUCUAUAAUGUAUUGUAUAUUGUCUCAGAUUUUCAGCUUAUGUUUCCUUGGUUUAUUAGCGGGUGAAAUGGACUUCAAAAAGUUUCUGAAUUUGACUAUUCUCUUUCCUGAACUUUUUUUUUUUCCCCUUCUCUAUCUCACUUUGACACUUUGAUGUCCUGCAUGUAUAUAAAGCUUUUUUUCUCUGAGCUGUAUCAAGGUAAUUGAAUGUAAAUGUCUGUGUUGUGUUUUUAUCAGCAUUUUGUAUGCUGAUUGAUACCCUAAAUGGGAGAGAAUCUAUAUAUUUUUAUUUCAUGGUUACAUUAUCCCUGGAAGAUUUAAUUGUAACACUUUACCAAUGGUAGAGUCUUAAUAUUUGUCUUUGAAGUUGUCAGUAUGUGUAUAUAUAUAUAUUUGUAAAUGGAAAUAAACUGAUCUUACUUUACUUAAUGAUUUGUACCAUAAGGGACACUUUGACUUUCAUGCUAAUUAAUUAAAGGAAAUAUAUAUUUAUUACCAUUACAAACAAAACAUCUACCAAAGCAAGAGCAAGGCUUAAGAACUUGGUAUGGGAAAACAGAGAAAAAGCUUGUAGAGAGCUGUAGACAUCCCUAAUGCUUUAGGUUUUAACAGCUUGCUAUGACAGAUUUUCAAAUGUAAUGUAUAAAUUUAUAUAUAAAAUAUUUAUACAUAGCAGAGUGUAGUAGGUAUUAUUUUAAUAAUAUGUGACCUUGAUACUGUAAAUUUUGAAAAUAAAUUUCUAUGGUGA